AUGGCAGGAAAAGAAAAUAAAUCUCCUUUUAAAUUUAAAAGCUUGGAAGAAUUAAAACCACACUACGAUAGACUUCAAUUAGCUGGAAAAAAUCCAAGAGAUUUAAUGCACAAAUUAGAUAAAAUAUUUAAAACCGCGUGUGAAAAAAUGGCCAAUGAAGAAAUAGAAGAUGCUUAUAUUUUAAUUAUGAAAUACUUAAAUGUUUUUUCAUUUAUUCAAAAAUCUGAUGAUUUCAAGGAAGAUUCCAAGUAUUAUAAAGCCAUGCUUGGAAAGCAACCAAAAGAUGCACUUAAAAUAGCUGAAAAUUUACAUAAAAAUCUUAGUGAAUAUUAUAGUAUGGUUAAAAAUAUAGAAGCAAGUGAGCACAAGAAAGAAAAAGGAAAUUUUAAAAACUCUAACCUUAAUAUAGAAAUGCCUGACAUGAGAGUACAAAAAGAGUCAAAAUCAACUGUUACCAGUGCAAAGUUGUUUACCAUGCUAAGAGAUGGUAUAACUAAGGUACUGCUAAUGGAUACCAGACCUCAAUUGGAUUUUGAAAGUUCUAGAAUAAAAGAUAAUAUGAUGAACAUUCCUGAUGAAAUAAUUACUACUGGUGCUAAUAUGUUAGAAAAACAAUUACCUGAGGCAUCUAAAAAUUUAUGGAAACUCAGAGGAACUUAUGACCAAAUAUGGGAUGUCAACACAAAAUAUAAAAAUGAAAUUUUAAUACUUGAUGGUGGCUACGAAGAUUGGCUUAAUAGCUACCCUUGGAAUACUACAAAUCCUAAACCUCAAAGGCCAGUUUAUGAAGAAACAAUUUCUGAAGAUGUUUUAGAUCAAGUGGUUUAUCCUGAUUUGGAUGAUGUAAAUGCAAAUGUUGAUCAAGAAUUCUUAAAACCAUUUUUUGAUAAAACUAAAAAGCCCUUUAAGCGUUCAUUAAUUGAAAGCGACCAGGAUGAAUUUCCAUCUGAUCAAUCUACUCGCCCAAGUUUCGAUAGAGCAAAAAAGGCUGCUGCUAUCAAAACCUAUGAGGAACGUAAAUCAGAACUGGCAAAUUUAUUAAACCAAAAAGUUAAAGAAACUUCUGAAGCGUUGGUAAUUGAAAAAACCAUGCUUGAUAAUGAAAAAGAACUUCAAGAAACCAUAAAGGAAUACAAAAAUGCUGAUGAAGUAAAAAAAAAAAUUUUGGAGGAAAAGGAAGAAAAAUUACUUAUGAAAGUAGAAGAGUUAAAAGAAGAAUCAAUUUUAAAAGAUGAAAAAAUAAAAGAAUUGCAAAAAAUUAUUGAAAUCUACGAAAAAAAAGAUAUUGAAGAAAUGGCUAGAAAAGUCGAAGAUGAAGAAAGGCGAAUUCGCGAAGCAGAAAUUAAUGAAAAAAUAAGAUUACAAGAAGAAGAGAAACUUAGAAUUGCAAAAGAAAGAGAAGAAAUUGAAAAAAUUAAGAUGCUGGAAAGGAAAAAAUUAGAAGAAAAAUAUAAAGAAAAACUUGAAAUUGCCAGGAGUAAGAAAAAAAAAGUAUCAGACAACAAUUUUACAAAUCCAUCAAACUUGACAUUGGCCAAUGAUAUUUAUAACAAAGUUCCGGUAAUAAAUAGAAGUAAUAAACCAAGACUCGAUGAAAAAAUAAGGCAAUUUAAUGGGGUUAAAGGCAAUGUGGUACGAAAUACAUGUUAUCUAAAUUCAAUUGUUCAAUGUAUUAGUAAUAAUCCCGCAUUAGUUAAAUAUUUUUGCGACAAUCUUUAUAGGAACGAUUUGCAUAAAGGAAAUAAAACAAAAGGUGAAGUGGCGGAAGAAUUGGCGGCUUUAGUUAAAACUCUAUGGUCGGGUCAGUUUCGUUCGAUUGCAUGUCGAGAUUUUAAAAAUACAGUAGGCAUGUUUAAGCCUGAAUACGCUACGUAUGAGCAACAAGACUCUCAUGAAUUUUUAACAUUUUUAAUGGAUUGGCUUCAUAACGAUUUAAAUAAGUCGACGUUUGGAUCGAUGGAUAGUGAAAAAUUGGACAACGACAUGGAAAAAGCUUGGUGGGAUUUUAAAAAAAAAAAUAUAUCUUUAAUAUCAACGUUAUUUUAUGGCCUUCAAAAAUCAACCGUUUCUUGUACUAAAUGCGAUGAAGCAUCCGUUACAUACGAGCCUUUUUCUAAUUUGUCUUUAAUCAUUCCCGAUUCGGAAUACAGUUCAACCGAACAAUGCCUCGGCCUUUAUUUAAAAAGUGAAAGAAUAUCCGGUUGGCGUUGUCCGAAAUGUAAAGAAUUUCGGGAUGCCGAAAAAAAGACUGAUAUUUGCAUUCUUCCUCCCAUUUUAAUUAUUCACCUUAAAAGAUUUCACUACAUUGAAGUUUUGUCCCGGAAAAGAACAUCUUUCGUUGAUUUUCCUCUAACGGAUUUAAACAUGUCGCAAUAUGUCGGUUGUAUAAAACAAAGGCAUAUAAAUUACGAUUUGUAUGCUAUUUCCAAUCAUUAUGGAACAAUGGAAGGUGGUCAUUACACAGCUUAUUGCAAAAGUCCCCUUUACAAAAGAUGGUACAAAUUCGACGAUCACGAAGUCUUUGAAAUAUCUUCAAACGAUGUUAAAAGCAACGCAGCUUACAUUUUAUUUUACACUUCAAUUAAUUAUAGAAUUUCAGAUCCGCCAAGUUGA